GUGACUACCGCGUCACAUUUCCUUCCUCAACCCGUUUCUCUUCUUUUCCAGAGAAAUAUCCGUUCGUCAGGAUGUUCUUCUGUGCUAUCUCUGGAGAGCCUCCCCAGGAGCCCGUCGUGUCUGCAAAGUCAGGCAAAGUUUACGAAAAGCGACUCAUCGUCAAGUAUAUUCAUGAAAACGGAACAGAUCCUAUUACUGGGGAUAAACUGGAGGAGUCUGACUUGAUUGCGAUUAAAGCCAGCCCUGAAAAUGCUCCUCCUCGACCUCCAACAAACACCUCGAUACCUGCUUUGCUCCAACUUUUGCAGAAUGAAUGGGACGCUAUGGUUCUAAGCACACAUGCGCUGGAACAAAAGUACAACGCCACUCGACAGGAACUCAGCUACGCACUCUACAGCCAGGAUGCUGCCAAUCGUGUGGUUGCACGAUUGAUUCGUGAGCGUGACGCGGCACGAGAGGCUCUUGCAAACGUGCAAGCUUCCAUGGGAAUUGCACCUUCCCAGCCCACCGGCGGCGAGGACGUCGAAAUGGCAGAGAACGGAGGCGUUGAGGAAGGACUUCCCGCAGAUAUCGUCACCCAAAUCGACGAGACGCAUGCGGUUCUGUCGGCAGCCCGAAAGAAGCGAAAGACUCCUCCAGGAUACGCCGCCCCGGCAGAGGUUAAGACUUACAAGGCUACCCACACCAUCCCAUCCCUCCAUUCCGCUUCUCCUGCCGGCAUCACCUCCAUUGCUUUGUCCACGUCCAACCCUUCGCAAUUCCUCACGGGCGGUAAUGACCAUAUCGUGCAGCUCUACGAUAGAAGCACCGACAAGGUUCUCGCUUCACUUAAGGGUCAUUCGAAGAAGGUGAACCACGUCGCCUUCCGAGAGCGCGAGGGUGACAACACCCUGCUCCUCUCGGCUGGUGCGGACAAAAUCGCCAAGAUCUGGGGACAUGACGGCGCGUCGGGCGAGUACAUCCCCAAGGCCACCAUCCGAACCCACAAGGGUGAACUCACCGGCCUCGCGGUCCACCCCACCAAGACCCUCCUCGCCUUGUCCUCUGUGGACAAAACCUACUCGCUGCACGAUCUCUCAACAUUCCAGCAAGUUUUCCGGUCUGCGCCAACGGACGAGCCUUUUAGCUCGAUGGCUGUUCACCCCGACGGCACCUUCUUGGCCAUUGGAACGCCCACCUCUACUAUCCACAUUUACGACGUUCGCGCUGGUGCUAUUGCAGCCUCAUUGACACCCCCCGAUGCCGUCCCCUUCACCGUCCACACGCUGUCCUUCUCGGAAAACGGAUACAAUCUCGUCGCCCCCAACUCCCUCUCCUCCAUCGCUCUUUGGGACCUCCGAAAGGAGAAGAUUACCGCUUCCAUCGACCUUGGAGAUGACUUUAAGGUCAACAAGGUCCUUUGCGAUGCUUCCGCACAGUUCAUCGGUGUUGCUGGUAACCAGGGUGCUCGAAUCUUCGCUCAGAAGUCGCGCGAAGAGCUGUUGCGCUUGGAAGAAGGUGGAGAAGUCAGCGACUUUGCGUUUGGAGCACAAGGCAAGGAGAUUUGGGGUGCUACUGGACGGGAGGUCAGGAUUUGGGGAGCCUCCGCUUAA